AUGCGUCUCAGCCACCUGUUCUUCGUCGCCGCCGCGGCCACGCCGCUGCUUGCGGCGCCGGCGCCGGCGAAUUCAACGGCAACGGUCACGCGGCGCAACGUCAUCAAGGGUGUCAAUAAGCACUAUUGGCAGUGCAUGGGGAUGAGCCGCGAAUGCACCGAGUUCCUGACGGAACCGGACCGGUGGGCUAUGAGGCUUCAGGCGUGGGACGAGGACAAGUAUGGAAAAGUCCGGCGACCGGACAGGCCCAUAGCCGUUCUCGGGUACUUGCAGGACGAAGCCUUGAGGUCCAAGUCCGAUAGGAAGUUCAAGAACGGAGAAAACAUCGCGUGCUACCAGUUUGGAGGUGGAGGGUUUUGCCUCUCCCCGUGGGGGUUCCCCAAGGAUAAACCCAUGGACAGACCGGGUCUCGUCCGCGGUCUCAACGACCUUAUCACCCGCCAUGAUAGGAACGACCUCUGCGGAAGAAAAUGUGGCGAUGUUGCGUUUGGAGAGGGGGAUCACGCGGGACACCUCACAAUCGACUUCAGUACUGCGACUUGCAAAGGACUCUGUUAA